AAUUAUAAAUAGAUAUUGAUCCACGACGAUGAUCAUUCAUAUAUAUACUCUCAAAUCGCCACAAAGUCCUUUUCUUUGUGGCUUUUAUACAAAAUAAAACCAAUCGUGGGUUCCGUAAAUUCCAGCCCCACCAUGUCAGAAAAGUAUUGUUGCAUGAUCAUGAGGAUCAACGUUGACUGCAAUGCUUGUUGCAGAAAAUUAAGGAGAAUAAUUCUAAGGAUGAAAGCGAUAGAAACCCAUUUGAUAGAGAAGCAGCAACGCAGGGUAUGUGUAUGUGGGAGAUUUGUACCAGCAGAUAUUGCAAUAAAGAUAAAGAAGAAAAUGAAACGAAGGGUUGAGAUCCUUGAAAUCCAAGAAUUUGAAGGCGAGGUUCAAAAUGAACUACCGUAUUAAUAAACUUAACAGAGAAGAGAACAGAGAAAUCUCAAAUUCUCAGGGUGAUGCAGUAGCAGCCAUUAUGGAUUUGAUUUGCAACUAUAAUGAUUGCAGUCGAUGUAGCGUGAAUUUAUUUUUUAUUUGCAUCAAAUAUUAUAGUUUACUACUUAUAUACCUCACACACUACGCGAAAAAUAGUAUUUUACAGUGUUUUCUUAUGCACGUUUAUAGCGCUUUUUGAAAAAACGCUUAAUAGGUUCAUUCUU